UGGAGGGAGCUUCUGGGUUUUGGGGUUAGCUUGUCGUUGUCGUGUACGUGAACAAAAGCGUGCGAUCUCUCGAUAGGCCGGCCUACCCUUUUUCCCUCGCUUCAGUUAGCUUUUGGUUCCGCAGCGAUUCGAUCGCGACUGUUCCUCAUUCGACUCCCGGACGCCACCGUCGCUCGCUUCGUACACGGUCGACGGGUCCAAAAGGGGAGAAAAAUUCGAAGUCGCGGGUGGGUGGGGGCAAUAUCGAAGCGAGAAUGAAGUCGGGUCGGCCUCAGAGAGGAGCGGGGAGGUGGGUUCGGAGAAGAAGGAGAGGAACGAGAUAGAUUGGGAGAUGAGGCCUUGUGGCAUGCUCGUGCAGAGGAGGGAAGAGGAGGAGGAGGGGGACGCUGCCGGUUGUGACGGGGCCGGCGGAAAUGGACCGCCGGUCAAGAUCAACGUCUCUUAUGGGUCGUCUCAGCACGAGAUCUUUGUGCCAUCUCGCUCCACCUUCGGGGAAAUGAAACAUAUUGUUGCUAAAAGAAUUGGCUUGGACCCUGCAGAGCAGAGACUUUUGUUUAGGGGUAAAGAGCAGGAGGAUGAAGAGCAUUUGCACCUUGCAGGCAUAAAGGAUAACUCCAAGGUUGUGGUUUUGGAGAAUCCAGCUAGUAAAGAGAAGAAGCUUGAGCAGUCCCAGGAGAGUGAAGAGGUCUCCAGAGCAUCUGAAGCUGUUGCUGGCAUCAGAGCAGAAGUUGAUAAACUCUCUAAAAGGGUAGCUGAGCUCGAAGUGCUUGUGCAUGAUGGCACAAAAGUAGAAGAGAAGAAAAUUGUGGAGCCUACAGAGUUGCUCAUGAGGCAGUUGCUGAAAUUGGAUGGUAUUGAGGCUCAAGGAGAGGCUAGGGUGCAGAGGAAGGCUGAGGUGCGUCGGGUGCAGGGUCUAGUGGAUCAAUUGGACAGUUUGAAGGAGCUUCAAGACCCUAUCGAGUCAGUCAAUGCUUGGACCUACCUAGUAAUUCAACCUUUACGGGCUUACAGGUGGAAGAGCACACCCCAGCUAAGUUCGUCCAACAUGCCCAUCGUGUCACAGGUCAAAGAGAGCGGCGAAGUCCUAUUUUGCUCCCAAAGGGGACAAACAAAGGAGAUGACGCCGUGAAUAGGCCAUCACCGGCCAUACCAAGUUUCAUUGUCCUCCCUGAGUCACAGACAGCUUCGGGUCAUCAUGUCUAAUGUUUCAAUGACCCACGGGAAUUUUCAGCUGUUAAAGGUGCAUAUUUUCCCAUUGAGGCCUUCCUUCACCGGUUGUUGCGUGUGUAACCGCAUCAGCAGCAUGAAGAGAAUAUUGGUUCUAGAAGAAAGAAUAGGCCAGAUACUAUGAAUUCCAGUGUGCUGGAUUCUCAUCUCAGACCCAUUUUGGACGGUUCGUUCAUGGGGGCUUGAUCUUUGCCAUCUUCCGAAGAGGAUAGACUGCUUUCCAUUGCCAGUACUUCUUGAGCUUGACUGAGUCAUGCCAUGCACUUAGGCUUGGGCGACAACUUACUGAACUGCGAUCAAGCACUGUUUCGGCUGCAAGCCAUAGCUCAGCCUGGUUUCCCAUGCUUCCAACAUGCAUGUAGGACUUUAGAGCACGACUGAGAUGCUCUAAUGAAGAAUCUAGAGAGAAAAUUCAAAUCUAAAGGUCAGUGUGCAUGUCAGUGUGAGAUAGGCUAGACUCUGUUGCUGGAAGUUCCAUAUUUGGCCGACAGUGUUCGGAUCAUAUCAUAUGAACUCAGAAGCAAAGGUGCACUAUAAUCGAGUGAAUUGCUUACCUUUGUCGAUU